AUGAAGAUAUCGAGCCUUCUGCUAGUGGCGGCCUCCGCUGUAGCUGCCACCAAGGUAUUCGACGAAAUUACUACAAUCCUGCCCAGCGACCGACCGACCGUCACUAUCGAUCCCUGGCAGUGUGUGACGCACAAUCUCACUAAGUUCUUCGAGGUACCUACACCGACCGGUGCGCUGUUGGCGGCUAUCUCUUCGCACGGUAGCGAACUGAUUAAGGAUUGCGUCUUGACCAUCAAAUCUACGGAGAGGUGCCUUUUUCCUGAGUCCUCCGACUGGUGUCGCCUUAGUACGGCUGCGCCCAAGUCUCUACUGCCUGCUCUGUCCUCCUAUGGCAGCGUGGCCUCCGUAUGGUGGUCAUCACACAGCUCUGCGGCCUUCUCCCUCGCUGAGGUGUGCCCGGUCGCCUGGUAUGACGCCAUGCUUUCGAUUCCAGGGGGCUGGGUUUGGCUGAACGAGACCAGAAUUUAUGCCGGAUGCUACGCCGAAUCGCAAGCCACCGCCGGCUCUGGCCAUAUGGGGAGACAGACUGCAACUCCGCGCCUGGGAGUCACCGACAUGAUGCCACCAAUGACAACGGCUACACCAAACAACGUCGCGGACCGGGAUAUCUCUGCUAGUUCAUGGAUCAUGGCUGGAGCUAGGAUAGCUGCCUCCUUGGUGACAUCGCUCUUGUAG